GUUUCGGCAAUGGUUACAAAGUGGCGUCAGUAAACAGCAGCGGCCUGAUCGUCGCUCCCGGUUGGUGAAAGGGCUCAAUUACAACGCCCUGCUUUUGAAACGAUCGAUAGCAUCAUGGGCCCGAUGCUGGUGCGGACUCGAAUAUACUUUGCUCUGUCCCUCCAUAAUUCCCUUCCUUUUCUCCUAUCUCUUAUCUCGAUCUUCAUUACUUUCUAUCUGUCUAAUCUCUUUCCCACGAUCGCUGCUGAUUCCGCCGUUCGUCUACCGGAUUCCUCCAUCUCUGUGUUGAGCUAUGGAGCUUUUUCUUGAACUUGUGCUAACCGUUAGUCUUCCUCUUCUUAUUUCCUUUAUUGUCAGUAAGUUUCUUUCCAGGGAUUCAGCCGGUGAAGAAUUGUCUCCGUUUGGAUUUGACUUCGGGUUUGGAUCGCGAAUCCAUAAUCUGAAAAGUGAUAAACCUAGCGUCGUUGUUGAGGAUUUUGUCGGUGGCGAUGAGAUAAGUAAAUGCGAAUCGAAACAGGGGAAUUCCACCGGAAUCUUUGAAUCGAGAGGUGAAGCUGGGAGUAAAUGCGAUGAUGCGGUGACCGACUCUGUGAGGGUUGUGGAAGGAGAAGAGAGCGAUUCCGAUAAUGGUGGCGGAGACGUUGCGGAGAAGAUGAUCGGUGAAAGUGCUGAUAGGGCCAGUGGUGAAGAAAGAACCUAUCGGGAUGAGGAGAACGUUCGCGACGGCGUUGAAGUCGAGGAGUUUGAGAGUGAUCGGAGCAAGAAAUCCGGUGGAGUAAACAAGGAAGGAUCGGCGGAGGUGAUUUCCGUCGAGGAUGACGAUUGGGUGGGAAUUGAUAGAACUGAAUUGGAGAAGGAAUUUGAAGCCGUAGUGAAGUUUGUGAAGAUUCAUGAUACCGAGGAUCCUAAUUUUGGCGAUGAAUUGAAGAUGAGGCUGAGCGGACUUCACAAGAUUGCUAUGGAGGGCUCUUGUAGAGAACCACCGCCAUUGGCUUUGAAGAUCUCAGCUCGAUCCAAAUGGAACGCUUGGAAGCAGCUGGGGAACAUGACCCCUGAGGUGGCUAUGGAGAGGUAUAUCAACCUUGUUUCUGAAAACAUUCCUGGCUGGACGUCCAAAGCUCCUCCUCUGCAGGAAAUCUGAACAAGUAAAGCCUUGUUUCAACUGCAAGGGGAUGAAAACUCGGUGAUGAGGAAGCCCUGUGGUGUCAAAACUCAGUUUGUAUAGGCGUCCUAUGCUUUGGCUUUGUCUGGUUCUUGCUUGGCCAUUUACCCCAUUUCAUAUGGUUUGCAUUUUAGAGAACCUAUAACAUAGUUUAAUUUUUUCCAUGACAAUCCUAACGUUCUUGUAAAUAGCAAUUUGAAGUUAUUUUUCCGAGGGUAUGAAGUUGUAGAUUCAAAACAUAAAAGCUUGGAUUGAUAUGUGAUAAUAAAUUGGAUAAUUUGAUAUUUUA